CCUGUACAUACAUGUCCCAGAGCCAUAAACCUCUUUCAUUUUAACUUAAUGCUGAAAGAGCUUAAACAAAGUCUACAGGGAACAGCAGAGAGACACAAUGACAUAAACAUUAAUGAUCACAGACAGUCUCUUUACAGCCUGUGCCUUUAUCUCCUGUGAGGUGAGAAAUCAGAGAGCAAGACAGCACAGGUGAGACAGCACAGGUGAGACGGCACAGGUGAGACAACACUUCCUCUACAGACUGUUGCCAUGUGUGACAUCACUGCAGAUCAAACAAACAGCGAGGAAAGAGGAAGGUCUGGAGGCAGGACAAACUCUACCUCACCUGUAACUCAUUCAUUAUGACUUCACCUGAAUGACACAACAAUCUCCCGACAAUCUGUCUCUCUGGACUUUAACAUCGGGAUCAAAACAGGAAUAAGCACCUGGUGCCAUGAACACAAGAAGAUUUCUUCCAGUAAAGAGAUUUUGAGUUACGGAUGAUUUAAUGAGGUUUGUUGCGGUAGUGAUUAAAGACUCAGAUUCAGAUUAUAGUCUUUACAAGUCUGGUCCUGUUGGCAGAAAGGCAUCAGGCGAUCGCAGGUUUCAGUGUCUUGACAUUAAGAUGUGGGUGUGAGAACUUCACAUUAUACCUGCACACCUUACCAGAAUCAACAUUUCUAUCUUCAAUGUUCUCAAACUACUAAAGAAAGAUCUGAAUGAUUAAGAUGCCACUGAGGACAUCACUACACCGCAAACCAGAGUCUGGUAAAUGGACAAGGAGAUGGUCAAAGCGAAAAGAGGUCCUAUCAGUAAACAUGAUCAGUCUUCCUCUGGGAGACUUCAGACACCUCUCGCACAUCAGUUCUGACAGCGGGGUGGACAGAAGCUUUGGAGAUCUCUCUUUCUUACAGGCGGGUCACAGUCUGCUCCUCAAGAGCUCUCAAAGCGAGCAGAACCUCUUCCUGGCCUGCGCUCCGCCACCGAAGCCUCCCCGUCUGAACCCGGAGGAGGAACGCCGCAGUCCCGUAUGGGAGGACGCACCUGUCGUUCAAAAGCAGAAAUGCAGCUCGAUGCCACUUCUGGACAGCGAGGAGGUGGAGGAGCAACAUUUACACCGAGAGCCAGCAAACAGUCCCGGUCGUGGAAGUCUCAGUUCUGGAAGAGAUUCCAUGCAAACAAACUCGGAGGAAUCACAGCCGGAUGAGACGGAUACGGGGUUCACUUUCAAUCUGGAUCUGGGACCCUCGAUUCUGGACGCUGUCCUGGAAGUGAUGGACGAUCUCCACCAAGCGUGAUGGAGUAUGAACUGUGAACACUGUAGGACACAUCUGAUCCCGGGACAAUAAUAACAAUGACACUGAACAUUUGCUUCAUAUUGCACAACUAAGAAUUUCUUCCAGGAAAUGUAUGACUAGAAAAGUGUUUUUCAGACUGAAAUGGGCUUUUUCUCCAAACCCCACACCCUUUUUUUUAAUAUGCCCUUGAAAUCUGGUUUGUGCUGUUAUAUAAAGUUGUGUAAGAGUUUGCUGACCGUCUCUACUGAAGUCAUUUUUCAUUGCAGAUAGAGAUAUAUUCCUGAUACAGCAUUAGUUAAUGUGUGAUGAAAUCUAGCUAAUAAUUAACCAGAUUUUAUUUCACCAAUUCAAAUGUAAACUAGGUGUCUGUAUUUGCUUCCCAAGCACCGCACCUUUACAUAACCACACGAUACUGUACUGUAUGUCAAAAACACUGUAAAGAUUUUAAAAAUUGUGAAAUUCAACCUGGAUGGUAAUAAGAAUCUAAUGUCUAUAUACUGUACUGUACUGUAUAUCAUGCUUAUCAGCUUGCCAAUGAUUUUAUUGCUUCAAUAAUUCAACAGAAGUCUAAAGGCCAAAUAAAACACGCUUCAUUUUAUAGCCAGCAAUCACUGCAUGUAAGGGUGAGCAAGGCACAAACUAACGCAGGGUUAAUUUUAACAUGGCUACUUUAUAUAUUUCUACAGGAUUGAGCAAUCUUUGGUCUUUUUGAGGAUCUCCUGUGAAUUUGUGAAAAGUUUUGAUGUGUUUAGGUUAAGAUAUUGAACAAAGAGUGUUUUGGAGGCAUACAAGUCAAUUUCUUCAUCUUAUGGUUUUAAUUUCUGAGUUGGGUGUGCAAGUCACCAAAUCCAACCUUAUAUUAUUUUAAUCACUGUCUUGUUAUCUAAAACAUAACACCAAUUUAAAACAUGUCAACAACUCCUGAAUGGAUGAAUGUGUGGAUAUCUAUCUAUUAUAGGCCGAUGUAGAAACAAUAUCCAUCUUUAGUAUAUAGACAGAAUCUGAUUGAAUUAUUUGUGUUUAAACUAAAUUUUCUAGCAGGUGUAACAACAAACCCUCCGUUUCUUACAAUGAACCUCACCUAUGGAGUAACGUUUGCCCUCCUGACACUUUCGGUGUAAUUGUACGAUAACGGUAGAUCACACAAACAAACUUUAAGUGUUCAUUUGUAGCAGAGAUGUGUGUGUUGAAUGUGUAAAAAAUGAUUCAUCCAAAUUAAAUAUUUUUUGAAUAAUAGAGACAGUCAAAAUCAAAAAGCGUUACUCCCCCACAUGUUAAUAUUUCUCAGCACUCCUCAGUUUCCUACAUAUGCAAGAUGUUAAGAAGAGAUUAUCUGACACGUCUACCACCAGGCUGAAAUGAAUGUUUUGUCUGUGUCACCACCACAAUAAUAAAAGAUUUUAUCCAUA